UUCACUUCACAAAGUGUCAGGAUGGAGGAAACGUCUCUGCUGUGGCUGCUCUUUCUGAUCUCACUGCUGAGCUGCACAACAAGCCAAGCCUCUCUGACUGUGAGUCCCAGCAGCUCUCAGCUGUUUGAAGGACAGUCUGUCUCUCUGAGCUGUGAGGAGGACGACAGCUCUGCUGGAUGGACUCUGAGGAGGAACACAACCAGAAAAACCAGGACUCAGUGUGGAGAUGGCUGGGGGAGACCUGCUGGUUCUUCCUGUAAAAUCAGCUACAUGGACCCUUUGGACAGUGGAGUUUACUGGUGUGAGUCCAGAGAGGGAGCAACCAGUAACAGCAUCAACAUCACUGUCUCUGGUGGACCAGUGAUCCUGCAGAGUCCUGUCCUCCCUGUGAUGGAGGGAGAAGACCUCACUCUGCACUGUAAAACAAAGACGUCCUCCAACCUCCCAGCUGAUUUCUAUAAAGAUGGCUCCUUCAUCAGGACUGAGCCUGCAGGUCACAUGACCAUCCACCAUGUUUCCAGGUCUGAUGAAGGCCUCUACAAGUGCAACAUCAGCAGUGAUGGAGAGUCUCCACCCAGCUGGGUCUCUGUCACAGAGAAACCUACGACCACAAGCCCUCCUACGAGCUCGCCACCGGCCCCUGAAACAACCUCAGACCACCUCCACCUUGUGAUCAGACUGGUCUGCCACCUGGUGGUGUUUUGUCCGUACUGCAUCUCCACUUUCAUCAUGGUGUCUUUAUAUCGACAGAGGGCAGCAGGAAAUGACCUGCCCGUCUCCAUGGUGAUGACCCCACCCACCCAGGCUGAGAUGGGAUUGGAUGAAGACUAUGAUGACGUCACCACGGAGCAUCACUUCUGAACUGAUCUGAGAAGAAGCUCAAAUGUUUCAGGUCCUCAUCAAUCAGAAAGAGUGGAAGUCUCAGAAAUCUUCCCUGUGGAUCUCCACAUGUUCUAGUUUGACCUGUAGAUGGAGGAUGUUAACCUCAGACCAGUUCACUCCAAAGAUUUGCGAUCAAACUAUUUUUAACUUGCAGCUUCUUGUAAUGCUCCAGUCUGCAGCGUUUUAAAACCUGUUAGUUUCCACCAAUCAGAUGAGACGGUGUAUCUUCUGACUCUGGGGCGCUCGUUGAGCCUCCGUCUAAAAUUCUGCCAUUUCCAAAAGCUGACAGUUUAAAACAUAGAAAUAAAAUGGAUCAUUUCAUUUCUAUAGUUUGCAGCUGAUUUGACCGUUCCAAAACCAGCCUCUGAAAACGUAACCAGCUGAGUCCCAGCGACACCAUCAGCUUGUUUUAGUCGAGCUGAAACGGGCCGCUUCAGAAGUAAAGGUUUCUUCUCGUUGCCAUCGUUGCUCUGAACUGGACUUUAGUAACAGAUAGUUGUUCAGGUUCUGCUGUAAGUCAUGUUGUUGUUUUUAAUCUCUUCAGAUCAAAUAAAAUAAAAUGAUGAGCAUCUUUUCUCUCUGUGCUUUGUUCCAAUGUGAUCAUAACUUCACUUCUCUCAUAUCAAACAGCCUGUUUCCUUGUAGCUGACAUGUGACAUAGUCGUAUAUAAAGAGGAAGGAGGAGGCUUUUACUGGCUGUCCAACUGCUGUUGAUCCUCACCAAGAGAAGAACCUCACCAACUCUGACAUCACCAUCCAACAUGGCUGCUCUGAGCAUCAACAGUAGUGAGAGCUGUGUGAAUAUACUGUUUAUUAGCACUUCUGUUUUAUAUCUUGGUUGGUUGGUGCCUUGUUGAGUGACAUUUUG